AGCAAGAAGCCAGCAGCACACUGUCCAAAUCCUGAUCAAAUAUGGCAGCUUCCCAGCCGGCUGCUGUUCUUUAAGAAAUGGCUCGGUUAUUCAUUCUGAUCUAACAAACCCACUGUUUGUUUGUUUUCGCUCAUGGAAGUAUCAUCCGAUCCUUAUUUACCAUACGAUGGGGGAGGAGACAGCAUUCCACUGAGAGAGUUGCAUAAAAGAGCGGGAACUCAUUAUACAAUGACUAAUGGAGGCAGUAUUAACAGUACAACACACUUACUGGACCUCUUGGAUGAACCUAUUCCUGGAGUUGGAACAUACGAUGACUUCCACACUAUUGAUUGGGUGCGAGAGAAAUGCAAAGACAGAGAGAGACACAGACGGAUCAAUAGCAAGAAAAAAGAAUCCGCAUGGGAGAUGACAAAGAGUUUGUAUGAUGCAUGGUCAGGAUGGUUGGUUGUAACGUUAACCGGCCUGGCGUCAGGUGCGUUGGCUGGUUUGAUAGAUAUUGCUGCCGACUGGCUGACUGACUUGAAGGAAGGUAUUUGUCUUAGUGCCCUGUGGUUUAACCGUGAGCAGUGCUGCUGGACAUCUGAUGAGACUACAUUUGAAGAGAGGGACAAAUGCCCACUAUGGAAAACAUGGGCAGAACUUAUAAUUGGUCAAGCAGAAGGCCCAGGCUCCUACAUAAUGAACUACAUAAUGUAUAUUUUCUGGGCCUUGAGUUUUGCUUUCCUAGCAGUUUCUCUCGUGAAAGUGUUUGCUCCUUAUGCAUGUGGCUCUGGGAUUCCAGAGAUCAAAACGAUAUUGAGCGGCUUCAUAAUUAGAGGAUAUUUGGGCAAGUGGACCUUGAUGAUAAAAACAAUCACUCUAGUCUUGGCUGUAGCCUCAGGUCUGAGUUUAGGAAAAGAAGGCCCUCUUGUGCAUGUUGCUUGUUGCUGCGGCAAUAUUUUUUCCUACCUCUUUCCGAAGUAUAGUACAAAUGAAGCCAAAAAAAGAGAGGUAUUAUCAGCUGCGUCAGCAGCAGGAGUAUCAGUAGCCUUUGGUGCCCCCAUUGGUGGAGUUCUUUUCAGCUUGGAGGAGGUCAGUUAUUAUUUUCCCCUGAAAACCUUAUGGAGAUCAUUCUUUGCUGCUUUGGUUGCUGCAUUUGUUUUGAGGUCCAUCAAUCCUUUUGGUAACAGCCGCCUAGUUCUUUUUUAUGUUGAAUACCAUACCCCAUGGUAUCUUUUUGAACUGUUGCCCUUCAUUCUUCUGGGAGUGUUUGGUGGAUUGUGGGGAGCAUUUUUCAUCCGUGCCAACAUCGCUUGGUGUCGCCGCCGCAAGUCAACAAAAUUUGGAAAGUACCCAGUUCUAGAGGUCAUUAUUGUUGCGGCAAUAACUGCUGUCAUUGCUUUCCCAAACCCAUACACCAGAGUCAACACCAGUGAGCUUAUUAAAGAACUCUUUACAGACUGUGGGCCCUUGGAAUCUUCCUCCCUUUGUGAUUACAGAAAUGAUAUGAAUGUCAGCAAAAUAGUUGAUGAUAUUCCUGAUCGUCCAGCGGGCACUGGAGUGUAUUCAGCUAUAUGGCAGCUGUGUUUAGCCCUUAUAUUUAAGAUUAUAAUGACAGUCUUCACCUUUGGAAUCAAGGUUCCGUCAGGUUUGUUCAUUCCUAGUAUGGCCAUUGGCGCAAUAGCUGGAAGAAUCGUGGGAAUUGCUGUGGAGCAGCUUGCUUAUUACCACCAUGACUGGUUUAUCUUCAAGGAGUGGUGUGAAGUUGGAGCAGACUGUAUAACACCAGGCCUCUAUGCUAUGGUUGGUGCUGCUGCAUGCUUAGGUGGUGUAACAAGGAUGACUGUCUCCCUAGUGGUUAUUGUAUUUGAGCUAACAGGUGGUCUGGAAUACAUUGUGCCCCUCAUGGCUGCAGUAAUGACAAGCAAGUGGGUAGGAGAUGCAUUUGGCAGGGAAGGUAUUUAUGAAGCGCACAUUCGCCUAAAUGGAUAUCCUUUCCUGGACGCAAAAGAAGAAUUCACCCAUACAACGCUGGCUGCUGAUGUUAUGAGGCCUCGAAGAAAUGAACAACCCUUAGCUGUGUUAACCCAAGAUAACAUGACAGUGGACGAUAUAGAAAAUUUGAUCAAUGAAACCAGCUAUAAUGGUUUCCCAGUUAUAAUGUCAAAAGAGUCCCAGAGACUAGUGGGUUUUGCUCUAAGGAGAGAUUUGACUAUUGCAAUAGAGAGUGCCAGGAAGAAGCAAGAAGGCAUUGUUGGCAGUUCCCGAGUCUGCUUUGCCCAACAUACCCCAUCGCUUCCCGCAGAAAGCCCUCGGCCAUUGAAACUUAGAAGCAUUCUUGAUAUGAGCCCUUUUACUGUAACGGAUCACACACCAAUGGAGAUAGUGGUGGAUAUUUUUCGCAAGCUGGGCUUGAGGCAGUGCCUUGUAACACACAAUGGGAUUGUCUUGGGGAUCAUCACAAAGAAGAACAUAUUAGAGCAUCUCGAGCAACUAAAGCAGCACGUCGAACCCUUGGCGCCUCCUUGGCAUCAUAACAAAAAAAGAUAUCCUCCGUCAUAUGGCCCAGACGGCAAACCAAGACCCCGCAUCAAUAAUGUUCAACUGAGUUCAGUCACCGAGGAGAGAGAGGAAAGUGAAGAGGAGGUUCAUUUGUUGAAUAGCACAACACUGUAGCGUAAGGCGUUGUUCUGUGAUGCAGGAGGAAGGCUGG